AUAGGACAGCCGCGCGCCACCGAAAGACCCCAAAGAGCCAAGAUGGCUGCGCCCGUGACAGACGCCGGGGAGUUUGAAAGCUGGCUAAAUGAUCGCCUAGACUCGUUAGAGGUGGACCGUGAGGUGUAUGGGGCGUACAUUUUAGGGGUCUUACAAGAAGAGGAGAGUGACGAGGAGAAAGAAGACGCGCUUCAAGGGAUUUUAUCCGCAUUUCUGGAUGAAGACUCUGUGGAAGAUGUCUGCAAACAGAUCAUCAAGCAAUGGACAGAUUAUCGCAGCCGAUUAGCAGCCAAAAAAGAUGCUGAUGCCGAGGUCCAGGCCAUCGCAAGUAUGAUAGAAAAACAAGCUCAGAUUGUGGUGAAACACAAGGAGGUAUCCGAGGAGUCGAAGAAAAGGAAAGAGGCCUUGCUCGCUCAAUACGCUAACGUAACAGACGAUGAGGAGGAAGCUGAAGAAGAGGAGGCAGCAAAUUUCCCCACUGCAAAAGACAAAUCCCUGUUUAAAAACACCAACGUGGAAGAGGUGCUAAACAGACAAAAGCAAAAGCGAGACCAAGCUCGUGAAGAUGCUCAGAAGAAAAAGGAAACAGACAAGAUGCAGCGGGAGAAGGAUAAACUGGCCAAACAAGACCGCAAAGAGAAGGAGAAAAAGCGUACACAAAAAGGAGAACGCAAAAGAUAAAACCAAGAGACGGGACACUUUAUAUGGGACAGGUUUUUGCUACACGACAAAAAUGAACAACAUCCUUUGCCUCUUUUUAGCUCAACCUAAUUGGCACCUUCAGUAUGUUAACAUGUCUUCAUCAGACCCUUCUUCAUAAUUACUUUCCACAACUCGUUUAUGUAAAAGAACAUCGUACAGGAUGUUGUGCACGUCUGGAGUCAAUUUUUUCUUGUAUGCUGGUAUGAUCAGAAAGAUUUUGUCUAGGAAUAAAAUUGCAAAUCUUUAUGUAAUGGUGACUGUGACCGAGUCAGUUUUAUGUUGUUGAUCAUAAAGUAUUGACAGCAAGUCUGAUAUGUAGUUGCCAUUUCAGCAAUAGUGAAACAUGCUUUGAGGAAGCUUUGACAGUUACCCAUGAGUGAUCAGAGUAUACACAUGAAACACUAUUGGAUUGAUCAUGUUAAAGAAACUAAGUCGACUGAGUUUAUUUUCUCUCUGUGCCAAUAUCUUGCAAACGCCUUUAAUUUCUGCACAACCUCCAAGUAAAGUCAAGUGUUCAUGUCA